GGCAAAGGAACAAAGAAAGAUCAAGACUCAGUGGCUGCUUUAGACAAAAGGAAAGUGAGAAGAGUCAAAGUCCCUUGUGAUGGAGAAAUUUAAGGCUGCUGUCUUGCUGGCAGGGGUAGGGGAUGCUCUUGGUUAUCGAAAUUUCACCCGAGAAAACAGUGCUUUAGGUGCAAAGAUCCAAGAGGAACUAAAGGAAAUUGGAGGACUUGAGAACCUGGUGCUGUCUGGAGACAAAUGGCCAGUGAGCGACAAUACCCUCAUGCACAUGGCUACUGCAGAGGCUGUCAUCACAGAUUACUGGUGUUUAGAAGACCUGUAUCGUGAUUUGGUAAAACGCUAUGUUGAGAUUAUUGACAAACUUCCAGGGAAAUGGUCAGACCCCGCUACCAUUGAAGGUUGCUCACAGUUAAAACCAGAUAACUAUCUCCUAGCUUGGCAUACACCGUUUAAUGAAAAGGGUUCUGGAUUUGGAGCCGCUACAAAAGCCAUGUGUUUAGGGAUGAAAUACUGGAAGCCUGAGAGGCUAGAAACUCUUAUCGAAGUGAGCAUCGAGUGUGGACGAAUGACUCAUAAUCACCCUACAGGCUUUUUAGGGUCCUUUUGUACAGCUCUGUUUGUAUCAUAUGCAAUACAAGGAAAACCCCUUGUGCAGUGGGGAAGGGAAAUGAUGAAGGUGGUCCCAAUGGCUGAAGAAUAUUGCAAAAAGACCAUUCGACACAUGGCAGAAUAUCAGGAGCACUGGUUUUACUUUGAAGCCAAAUGGCAGUUCUAUUUGGAGGAGAGAGAAAUCACUGAAGAUAAUCAGAAUAAACCCGUCUUUCCUGAUAAUUAUGAUGCUGAGGAGAGAGAAAAGACUUACAGGAGGUGGAGUUCUGAAGGACGGGGUGGAAGAAGAGGCCAUGAUGCUCCUAUGAUUGCAUACGAUGCUCUUUUAGGAUGUGGUGGUGACUGGACAGAACUUUGCAACCGAGCAAUGUUCCAUGGGGGUGAGAGCGCAGCCACUGGAUCUAUUGCUGGCUGCUUGUAUGGAUUGCUUUACGGCCUGAACAAGGUUCCCAAAGGCUUGUACCAGGAUCUUGAACUGAGGGAGAGGCUAGAAUACUUGGGCGAGUCUCUUUACCGACGAUCCACAGAGGAAAAGUAAAGCAGUUUCUGCCAUUUUUCUCUUUCUAUAAAGACUCUGUCAAACACUGUAGAUAACUGACUAGUUAUAAUAACACUGUUCUAGGCUGGUGAGGUUUAGUUCUAAAAGGUUAUGUGUAUAAGUGCAGUUAGCUGAGUCAUUCAGGAGUAACUGGACACUGUAAAUGUUCAGUUUUUCACAGAUGCAGGGACUUUGAGUAUCGAACUUGCUCUUAAAGUACAAUUCAGGUCAGUGAGAUUAUUUUAAAU